AUGGCACCAACUAUGGAUUUUGUAAUUUCUGGCCUUUUUUGUGCUGAAUAUAACAAAAGCAUGCUUGAAAAUGUGUAUGAUGAUAUGCAUACAUUGUUUCAUGGGGAUCAUCAAAACAAUCAGCAAACUAUUCCAUUUCAGAGUGAUGAUUGUGUGGCUUUGAUGAUUAAAAAAGAAUGUGAAUAUAUGUGUUGUGAUGAUUAUCUUGAAAAGUUGAAAAAUGGGGAAUUUGAUUUGGGGGAAAGAGAGCAAAUUCUUGAUUGGAUUUGCCAGGUUCAUUCACAUUUCAAAUUUGGACCAUUGUGUCUAUAUUUGUCUGUGAACUAUCUUGAUAGAUUUCUUUCUGUCUUUGAGUUACCUGAGGAAAGAGCAUGGACAAUGCAAUUGUUGGCUAUAGCAUGUGUGUCUAUUGCUGCUAAAUUGGAAGAGGUUGAAGUUCCUCUAUCUGAAGAUUUACAGAUUGAGGGAACACAAUUUGAGUUUGAAGCAAGCACCAUACAAAGAAUGGAGCUGCUUGUGUUGAAAACAUUGAAUUGGAGAAUGCAUGCAAUUACACCAUUCUCAUUUAUUGGUUAUUUCAUUAAGAAGAUUAAUGGUGAUCAAAUUGCUUCAACAUCUACAAUGUUUAAAGCUACUAAUCUCAUAAUAGGAACAUUGAAAGGAAUUCACUUCUUGGAAUUCAAGCCUUCUGAGAUUGCAGCGGCUGUGGCAAUCUAUGAUGUGGUGAAAAAUAAGACAAGUGGCAUUGAGAAAGCAAUAUCUACCCUGAUUCAACAAGUACAAAAGGAUAAAGUAAAGAAGUGUGUUGAUUUGAUCAAAGAAUCAUCUUUGCUAAGUGAUUUUGGUGCCUCAACUCUUAUGGUUCCUCCAAGUCCAACAGGUGUAUGGGAUGUUGCAAGUUCAAGUGACAUGAGUGAUGAUGAUUCAGGUCCAGGUUCCCUAGAUGAUGGGCUACUUACUAAAAGGACAAAGAUGGAUGAAAUGAAUGAGUGA